AUGGGGGGAAUCGGAAAGACUACUCUAGCUAAAAUUACAUUCAACGAUCGAUUCAUCGAAGCCAGUUUUCACAUAAAGAUUUGGAUCUGCGUUUCCAAGUACUUCAAAAAAAUUAGGAUAUUGAAAGAGAUCAUAGCGCAAGCAGGUGGGAACCCCCAGGAUGGUGACAGUAAAGAACAGCUGGUCUCGAUCCUUAGCAGUCUUAUCAAAGACAAGAAAAUUUUUCUUGUUCUGGAUGCCGUCUGGACCACAGAGGUCUGGGAAGAGCUACUCCGAGAGCCCGUGCAAGGCGCCGCUGUUGGCACCAGGGUGUUGAUAACGACUCAUCUCGAGUCUGCGGCGAGGCAGUUGGGAGCAUCUCACAUUCAUCCUGCCGAAAGAAUGACUGAUUUGGAAGGCUUCUCCUUGUUAUUCAAGAUGGUGUUCAGAAAUGGGGAGGAAGAACAGUGGGAAGCCCUGAAAGAUGUUGGCGUUAAAAUUGCCGAGAGAUGCAAGGGCGUCCCUUUAGCUAUAAAGACAAUCGGAGGAGUCCUCCAAUGCAAGGACAAGAACGCACGAGCGUGGGAGGAGAUACUCGAAGAUCAAGUAUGGUCUACAUCCAUCUUCCUAAAGGAGGACGAAAAUGUUACGAAAUCUCUGUAUUUGUCUUACAGGGAUCUGCCCUCCAGCAUCAAGCAGUGUCUUCUCUAUCUCUCGCUGUUUCCCCAAGACUUCGUCUUUGACCGCCUCAAUGUCGUGCAGUACUGGGUUGCUGAGGGUUUCCUGAAAUCAGAGGGCACUUUUUCCAUGGAAGAGUUCGGAAUGUACCAUUUCGAUGAGUUGGCCGAUAGAGGUUUUCUGCAGCCAGAGGAGUCAUCGAUAGCGAUGGCAGCUCUGUGCAAGAUGCCCGACAUUGUGCGUUCUCUCUGUCAGCAUCUGACUGAAGGUGAAUGUCUCUUCGGCGACAUGCCCAGACCGAAAGGCAGGUCCGGAAACCUCCGCCGGUUGUCAAUGGCAGAUUGUGACUUUCCCGUAGACCUCCAUCUCUUGAAAAGAGAACAACGCCUGAGGACACUCCUUAUCUGUAGGAACCCAUAUGGAGGGGUGGUUCUAAAACAGGAUGUUAUUGAAGCUCUUGCGUAUCUGAGAGUUUUAGAUAUCAGUGAGACACCCACGGAGGAACUGCCACACUCCAUCGCGAAACUUCGACACCUGAGGUACCUCAAUGUCUCUGGGACUCCCAUUCGGGCGUUGCCCGAUUCGAUAGGCAACCUGAAGAGCCUGCAGUUCCUGUUACUGAAGAACUGCAAGAACAUCUCCUCUCUUCCAGAUGGCAUAACGCAGCUGAGAAAUCUGAGGUCUCUCCAGAUUAACGAGGUACCUGGCAUCGAGCAGAUGCCAAAGGGAAUUGGCGAACUACAUCAGCUGCAAGAUCUGAAUGAGUUUAUUGUGGACAUGGGGGAGGGAAGCCUGCGAGAAUUGGGGCCUCUUUUACAACUGAGACAGCUGGUGAUAACCAAAUUGGAGAGAGUUUCAGAAAGAACCCAAGCCAGAAGUGCCCUCCUCGAAAAUAAAACCUCCAUGACUUGCAUAAGCUUUCAGUGGUCCUUCCCUCCCGUGGAUACGACGACUGUUGCCCAAAUAAUGAACAUGUCCGAUGUAUUUGAUGAGCUAUGCCCCUCAACCUCACUCCAAAUUCUCAGCGUCGUUGGAUACCUUGGUCUCACCCUCCCUCGUUGGAUGUGGCCAUCGUCAUCAUCUAGCGUCUCUGCCAUCCAUAAUGUCACAUUGAUAACAAUGAGCAGCUGCAUAAACUUCUCUCAGCUUCCUCCACUCGGACUUCUCCCUCAUCUGAAGACCCUCGUGAUCAAGGGUUGCUCCCAGCUCGUAACCAUCGGAACCGAGCUCGCAAAUCCUUCUGUUUCCCCACAUCCAUCUUCUUCUACAUCUUCUUCCACUGCAGAUGGUGGAUCAACUGCUGUUUUGUUCCCCAAGCUAGAAUUCUUUACUCUUCUAGAAAUGCCGAACCUUGAAACAUGGUCCUGGAAAACAGACAACGGGACAAGCAUGAUGGCCUUCCCUUCCCUCAAAGUUCUGUACCUUGGGGGCUGCCCCAAGUUGAGAUGCAUCCCCGAUAUCUCUUCGAGACAACUUGAGCAAAUAUACGUCUUAAACUGCCCUUCAAUCUUGGAGGUGGGGAGCUUUCGUGCUACGGAAAAAUUGCAUGUAAGAGAUGACAGCUCGGAACACCUCCCGCCAUGGUUGGAGUACGUCUGUGUCGAUCCCACCGAUGAGGUCUUAUCCCUUCUCCUCGAGGUCAAGCUGAGUCCGCUCAGGAGAAUGCUACAACAGAGAGAGGCGGGCGGCAACGACCCAGACGGUGGCUGGAAUGUCUUUAAACGAUUUCCUCAAGCUUACGUUGUCGCAACCGACGAUGAAACAAUGUUUUUAUUUUACAGCAAAGAUAAAUCAUUAGUCCAGACCAACGUGCAGGUCGCCUAA